AUGACCGUCUUUGGUGUGUUUGUAAGAUUGUUUUCCCAUAAUAAUUUUACGAGUAAGUAUUUACGAAAGUUUGGUACAAGCACUAAGAGAGCAUCUCCAAAGUGUCUGCAUGAUAUCACUUCCGCCGCUAGGCAGAAUAAAUUGAGUCCUGUUAUUGGUCGUGACAGUGAGAUAAGACGUUGUAUUGAUAUAUUGUGUAGAAGGACAAAAAACAAUGUAAUUUUACUCGGUGAACCGGGUGUAGGCAAGACAGCUGUUGUGGAGGCCCUAGCCCACAGAAUUGUCAAAGGUAACGUACCCGAGGCACUCGCUGACUGUAGGAUACUAUCAAUAGACAUGGGCUGUUUGUUUGCAAAAUCUCCUGAUGACAAUUCAAGCAUUGACACAAAAUUAAGAAAUAUUAUAUGUGACGCCAGAGCUUUUAAUUGCAUACUAUUUAUAGACGAGGCACACCUUAUGGUAUCUAAGAGUUAUGAUUGGGCAUCUGCACUGAAGCCGGAGCUUGCUAAUGGAGAUAUUAAAUGCAUUGCAGCGACGACGAAUGCCGAGUAUAGGAGGUAUUUCGUUAGGGAUAAGGCGUUGCAACGCAGGUUUCAGCCCAUGUACAUAGGAGAGCCAACGCAAUCAUCAACGAUAGAAAUAUUAAAGUCGUUAAAGUCAUGCUAUGAAUCUUUUCAUCGUGUAAUAAUAUCAGACGAAGCAAUAGUUUCGGCUGUUAGACUUUCCAGCAGAUAUAUCAAGGGUAAUGGUUUUUAUCUAGACAGAUUUGAUCCCGACAAGUCAAUAGAUUUGUUGGAUGAGGCUUGUUCUAUUGUAAAAAACAGAUCGCAGUUAAUUCCCGAGUCGAUGGAGGUAUUGCAAAAUAGAAUGCGAUCGUUAAGGUUACAGGGAAAUGAGCAUGAAAUGGAAAGCUUAUCAUAUGAGAUCCAGGAGAUUGAGAGUGAAUGGCGCGAGGGUAAGAUAAAGUAUGAGGAGCUAAGUUUGCUCAUUAAAUCAUUUUAUGAAUCAAGGCGCGAGGAAUCAGAGGCCCUGAAGUCAGGCAAUUUGGAGAAUGUCGGGAUGUUAAGAUUUGACAGAAUACCAAAAUUAGAGUCUCAGCUCUUUAAAUUUGUAGAAUCUAAUGUGAAAUAUCGCAAUUAUUUUAUUGUAGAGCCAAUUGACGUUGCAAAUGUGGUAUCAAAGUGGACAAGAAUCCCCACAAGUUCAAUAAGCACUUCUCAUAUGGAUUUAUUGAAUGCUUUAAAAUCUAAGUUAAUAAGCGCCUUUAGCAAUCAUUCCGGGGAAAUUGACAAGUUAAUAUCUGCGUUAUAUGUAUCUAGCAUGAGUGACAACAGCAUAGCCGCAAUUGGCAUUUCAGGCGACAACGAAAUGGAUAAGCAUGAAAUUAUAUCUAUUAUUACUCAGGCCCUAUCGAGUAGUUCAUUGAGCAUAGACCUGUCAGAAUUUGGCGAAAGACACUCAUUGUCAAAGGCGGUAGGGCCCCCUCCCGGUUAUGUCGGUUACGAAUUUGGCGGCCAGCUGACGGAGUUGAUUAAGAAUGGCGCUGCAACAUGCAUUACAUUGUACAACAUAAAAAAAUGCCAUCCCACCGUCAAGGAGUUGUUGUGCAGUUCCAUACAAAAGGGCUACAUUAAGGAUUCAAGGGGAGAGGUGAUUUCACUGAGCAACACGUGUAUAAUAUUUAGCGUCAGGCACACUGGAGAAUUGAGUGAUUUUAACGCAGUUAUAAACGAAGUGAUAGAGAUAAGUGGCAGAACCAGCACAUGUACGAUAGGAAAGGCGAUAGAUGCGUAUUGCAAGAAGGUUGAGAAUCACAGUGGAAUAGCAGUGAAGGUGGAUGGCGCAGUUGUGGACUACAUCGCAGAGACAGAUUCUCAUCUGUUGUUAGCUAGGCUGAAAAAAUUUAUUUCCAGGGCUAUCUUGGGCCCAGGCUCAGCGCAUAGCGCAGCUGUAGGGGAGUUUGUUGUUGGUGUAUCUGGUGACGAAUAUACGAUUGUCAGCCCUGCGUAA